CAGCACUAAUGUCAUUUUUUGCCUGUUAUAGUUACUGACAAUAAUUAAAAAUGGACAAAUUUUUGUCCCAGAGCCACUGUGGAAGGUUUUUUUCAUUAAUCUUGUUGAAGCCGCAGCUCACCUCAUGCAACCUAUCUUGGAGGUGGUCCUGGGUGUGCCUACACUUGACUUGAGUAUAAAACCCCCCACAGUUUGAACUGAUAAUGCAAACAGUCUUACUACAGACAAGAUGGCCAGUCUCACUGCUAAGGACAAGGAUACAGUCAAGGCCUUCUGGGCCAAAAUAUCCUCAAAGUCCCAGGACAUUGGUGCUGAUGCUCUGAACAGGAUGCUGAUCGUGUACCCACAGACCAAGACUUACUUCUCCCACUGGAAGGACCUGAGCCCSGGCUCUGCCCAGGUGUUGAAGCACGGAGCGACCGUCAUGGGUGGAGUUGAUUAUGCUGUGACCAAACUGGACGACCUGAAAGCAGGUCUUCUGAACCUCAGUGAGCUGCACGCCUUCACCCUGAGAGUGGACCCUGCCAACUUCAAGAUCCUCUCCCACAACAUCCUUGUGGUCAUGGCCAUCAUGUUCCCGGAUGACUUCACCCCUGAGGUCCAUGUGUCUAUGGACAAGUUCCUGGCUGCUGUGNAGCCAGAACGCAACCACAACCGACUGAGAAAACCUGCCGUCACCUUGGCAACUGUCAACGUCACCUUAGCAACAACGUAG